AUGUCGUUGACGAUUAGGGCACAAUCCCACUGCAACGAGGCGUGGUUUGAUGUCAUAGGAGUGGAGACACAUCAACACAGUAUAGGAGUGGAGACACAUCACGACAGUAUAGGAGUGGAGACACAUCAGCACAGUAUAGGUGGGGAGACACAUCAGCACAGUAUAGGAGUGGAGACACAUCACCACAGUAUAGGAGUGGAGACACAUCAGCAUAGUACAGGAGGGGAGACACAUCAGCACAGUAUAGGAGAUGAGACACAUCAGCACAGUAUAGGAGUGGAGACAGAUCACCACAGUAUAGGAGAGGAGACACAUCAGCACAGUAUAGGAGUGGAGACACAUCACCACAGUAUAGGAGUAGAGACACAUCACCACAUUAUAGGAGUGGAGACACAUCACCACAGAAUAGGAGUGGAGACACAUCACGACAGUAUAGGAGUGGAGACACAUCAGCACAGUAUAGGUGGGGAGACACAUCAGCACAGUAUAGGAGUGGAGACACAUCACCACAGUAUAGGAGUGGAGACACAUCAGCACAGUAUAGGUGGGGAGACACAUCAGCACAGUAUAGGAGUGGAGACACAUCACCACAGUAUAGGAGUGGAGACACAUCAGCAUAGUACAGGAGGGGAGACACAUCAGCACAGUAUAGGAGAUGAGACACAUCACCACAGUAUAGGAGUGGAGACAGAUCACCACAGUAUAGGAGAGGAGACACAUCAGCACAGUAUAGGAGUGGAGACACAUCACCACAGUAUAGGAGUAGAGACACAUCACCACAUUAUAGGAGUGGAGACACAUCACCACAGAAUAGGAGUGGAGACACAUCACCACAGUAUUGGGGUGGAGACACAUUACCACAGUAUAGGAGUGGAGACACAUCAGCACAGUACAGGAGAGGAGACACAUCAGCACAGUAUAGGGGUGGAGACACAUCAGCACAAUAUAUGA